AUGGCCCCCCCAAAAGAUCGCAAGAGAAAAUUUCACCGCCGAAGCAAAAACGGUUGCAACGUGUGCAAGAAGAGGCAUGUGAGGUGCGAUGAGAAGAGACCUCUUUGCACGAAUUGCCUGCAGACUGGAGAUGAAUGCAUAUACUCGCCUCUUCGCCAAGAUGGUUCGCCGCAUGGAACUGACGGGGGAUACGCCUUGGUCAAACGGGAUGUCCCAUUAGGCACCAUCGUGUCGGCCAGAACUCUGGAUAUGAAGAGUCCCCUCAGUGAUUACGUGGGCGGCUCAUACGAGGCCUUGCCUGACACGUCGAAACGACUCCUGAGGCACUUAUGGGGACAGCAACCUGUGAACCGCGAACUCGAAUCGAGCGUAAUUCACAAGGCAUUCGAGACACCAGGGUAUAUGCACAUGUGCCUGAUGCUAUCAGCUUGUCAAUGGGCAUGGGUCAGAGGCUCCAUGGACGAUGUUAGGAUCCCUUUCAUGUAUCACAAAUCCGCGACAUACCAGUUUGCCAGGGAACAGCUUCGGGCAUCAGAGACGGCACAGAGCGGUGCCACAAUGCUUGCCAUAUCGUCUCUCGCUCUAGCAGAGGUAGGGAUCCAGCAUACGCCCCUGCAGGAUACUCACGGAGGAGGAGCUAACAAGGUCAAAUGCCAGGGUGCGAUUGGUGAUCUGGACACUUCAACAAAGCACCUCAACGGAUUCCGCCUGGCAAUGCAGGGCCAAGGAUCAUGCCCGUCGCUCGCGCAGGAGAUGCUAAAGAUGGCGGGGAAUGGUCUUCGUGCCAGCAAGUCUACUACAUUGGUCAAUGUGCCAGACUACCAGCCUACCUUUAUGGCGCUCCUCUUUGCCUCAAUAUGGGACAUUUCGACCCUGCCGCCUAGAGAAGCUCCCAAGUACGGUUGGUGGGAGGAAAAUGACACACAGGCUGCGCGACUGUGGCAGAACCACACCAAGGAGCUCAACCUCAAUUAUGAGAUAUCGCGGGGAUUCGACCCAAACACGUACAUGCCACGCAUAUUGAAUGGCGACCCAAAGAGCAGCCGCACAUGUUUCAUCGCCACCUUCUUCUACCUCUUCUCCGAGGUGGGCAACGGUCAGAUGGAUGCCGUUCUGGUAGACUGGAUCCUCGAGCAGCUCAUUGACGACGUCAACACCAACGAGGAGAGCAUCAAGACCAGCGCUUGGAGCGGUCCGUUGUGGCUAUGGUGCGUUAUGUUCGGAGCAGCCAUAGCCAGCUCGGGCAAGGCAUCGAGCCUGGUAGAAGACAGGCAGCUGAGGAGGUGGAUCAAGGUAUACGAUGAAAAAAUUCGACUAGUCAGUAAGACUCUAGGUUUAGAUUCCUGGGGAUCUGCGAGGCGGGUGCUGGGCCCGUUCCUCAGCGGCUCGCAAGAUGAGGAUGUGGACAAAGGGUUGAUGGAUAUCUGGGAGCGAGCUUGUGGGACCAAUGUCGCAUGGGACGUUGAGGAGGUAGGCGAUGAAUGA